ACUCACACAUACCACGAUUCAAUACAAAAUCCGUCGUACUUCGAAUUGCUUGCUGUGACUGAUAAAUCAGCCAUCUUCAGCGAAUAAUUUUGGUCAUUUGGAACACAAAAAAAAAGAACAACACGCGCAGAAGCAUCAUCGUCGCGGUCGUCGGUCGUGUUCGUGCCUCGAUUUGAUACUACAUCCGUGCCUGCUUAUCGAAAAGCCAGCAAAUCAGCUGGGAGGUUCCUGCGUUGGUUUGAUAUUGUGAUUGCUAUAGAGGAUCAAAGGUGGUGAAGCUGUGGGUGUCGUGAAAAGAAAAAAACUCGUACCUGAUCGUAUAUAUUGCCCAUCCCCACUAUUGGUCCAUUCGUCGCAUAAAGGACAUAGGGUUCUUCGAGGGAUUCGUGGUGUAAUAAGGGUUAGCUUUUCUAUAGUGCGUUAUCCCGCUAACCAAUUCGGAGCUGUUGCUGAACUUCUUCCUGUUCCGAUUAUUGCGUUGCAUGUUUUAAGUAGACUGUGGAGACAACGGGUUUCACGGUCAAAAGCUCUAUCGGAUAAAGUAACGACGGAAAAGGUACCGUCCCGUGUUUAUGAGAGUGGGUGGUGCACAAAGGAAUAUCGGAUCAAAGAGCAGCACAAUCGACCGGAAACUUAGCCAUUAUGACGUACAAGCAGCGAAAUGUGGCCAUGAUGGGCUACCGUUCUGUAGGGAAAUCUUCCCUCAGUAUACAAUUCGUGGAAGGCCAGUUUGUUGAUUCGUACGAUCCUACUAUUGAAAAUACAUUUACGAAAAAGACCCGCAUACAUCAGACAGACUAUGAGAUCCGAUUGGUUGAUACGGCUGGACAGGACGAAUAUAGCAUUUUUCCCGCGCAGUACAGUAUGGAUUUCCACGGUUAUGUGUUAGUCUAUUCGAUCACCAGCCAACGAUCGUUCGAAGUGAUAAAGAUCAUCUACGAAAAGCUACUCGACAUGAUGGGAAAAGCAUAUGUACCCGUUGUAUUGGUAGGCAACAAAACUGAUUUGCAUCAGGAGCGUGCUGUGCCUACGGAAGAAGGGCGAAAGUUGGCUGAUUCGUGGAAGGCACAGUUUUUGGAAACAUCCGCCAAGCAGAAUGAGUCCGUAAACGAUGUAUUUUCGCUGCUGAUUGCACAGAUAGAGCGUGAUAAUGGAAACACGAGUGAAAAGAGUAGCUGUACUAUUUCCUGAACAACUCAAUAGAUUGUCAGGAAUUGUCCAUACUACGGUGGUACGGAGACGUCAGCGCAAUCGUUUCGAACUUACCCCCUGUCUACAACUUAAGUGUAAGGCGUAAAGUACCAUUAGUGCAAGCGUGUAACGUCGGCAAAUGGUCUCUCGGCGAAAGCAAGUUUGUUUGUUUUAAUUUAGCACAUUACGGAAUCAAUCAUGCGCAGUGGUAAAAGGGAAAAUUAUUUCGACUUAUGUAUGUUUCCGAUUUUUCAACAUGCAACAACACAUGAAGAAAAGCAUAGAGCAGAAUUUAAAAUUAAAUACGAAAAACCAAAACCUAUGAAACGCACAGAUUUGAUUGAAAGUCCUCCUUUACUCAAGCUAUAGUUAGUGAAACCACAUCUUGGAAAUGCAACGUAUGCAGUUUCCGUAAGGUGUAAGUGAAUCACUCAAUCAGUGAAGCAGCAGGGCAAUUGGCCUCCGGAUUUAGCAUCUUGUAGCACGAAAUCUAAUUUCCAACGUUCAGUACAUUCAUUGUCGUUCAUUAAACUGUAAACAAAUAAUUACUCGAUUGGUUGAUAGCGUAGUUCGAUCAUGUUUCAGCUGACACGAGGGUUAUGACAAGAUUAAGCAGAAAAACAAUGAAAAAGAAGCCGGUUUCUGAUUGGAUGAUCAAUAGGAAAACCAUCCCAAAUUUAAAGCAUAUAGAUGAAAUUUUCUAUCAGGAGUCAUUUGUGUGUUUCAGUAUGGAGGCAAUAUUGCAAUGUUCAGCGAUCGGACAUUGGCAUUGCUGAAAUUGAUUACUUUCUUACCUUUAAAUUCGUCUUUUACCCAUCAACUUUUCUACCAAUUUUAUUCGUGAGCGCCUCGGUUCUGGUGAUAGAUACCAGAGGCAGAAUAUAUUUUUAUCAUUUUUUCAAAAUUAUUUUGUUUUUUGAUAAGGGAAUUUAGUCUUCAACUUUGGCAGUAGUAGGAGAGUUUGGAAAUGGUUGUUUGAAGUAAUUUGUGAACAUUGCAGGUUUAAAAUCUUCAAAAUAUGUAUUUUUCCAUCAAAACUCAUAUACACCAUUAGAUAUACACUUAUACAGGAGAUCAAUUUGCAUCAUGUUCGGGCUGCGCUGAUUUUAAGUAUCAGCAAAAAGUGCUGUUAUUCCUUUUUUCAUUUGUACUUCGUUGUAUGCUACAAUGCUCAUGCAGAUUCUGUAAAAUAUUAUCGAUUAAACGAUUAACAGAAUUAAGACACACUGGAUUAACCGGAAGUUGUUAGAAACGAUGUGUUCAAUUUACUAUUUUACCGACCGAUUUGAAUGAGCAAGUAAUAUGGUCGAUCUGGUGAGGAAAAAUCUGAUGUAUGAAUGAAGAUAUUUCACGAGCAGGGGGUACAUUUAGGAAAAACUAAACCUCCGCGAGACGUUGCGUGAAAUGCAUAGAAGAGUUAAACGGUGUGUAAUAAAAAGACGCAACGACCCAUCAGGAACACUUGCUGAAUGACUGAAUCUUAAAGAGACCGGAUGAUAGUGUGGUGAAGUUUUAACAGUGAUUUACAAGGCAGCGGAGCGAAGCAGAAUGGUGGAAAAUUGUGUACAGUAACAAGGUUAUAGCAAUUCCCGAGUAUAGAAGCUAAACACACCAUUCUGCUUGCUGUUUCAUUACGAAAAAAAGCAUAUUUUGUUUUACUAAAUUCCUUUAUAUUUUUUUGUUUUGUUAACAAAUACACCAUUCUUUUACUCAAAACUCAAACACAAAAAUUAUCAAGAGAAAAGUUAAUUUAAUGGAUUUACUAUCUCGAUCUUCGACAUCCUCCGAUAGUAGCGAAUCGACGUACAGAUACUAAGGAUAAAAUGAUAGAACAAAGGGUAUAUAGAAAAUUGCAAUAGAAUGACAAAUUAUAUUCUAAAAGAA